AUGGAAGGACUCAAAGAGUUCACUAUAGAACCAACGUCGAAAGGCCGGUCGAAUACAGUAGCUUCGAAGAUUACUCCCGCACCAAAGCCAGAAGAUGAUGAAUGGAAAUUUCUGGGUUCCGUGGAGUCGAAGAAGCACGAAAAUACCAUCAAUGAUGUCGUGCAAGAAGGCGCUGCGAAAGAGAAGCAACGUGACAUCAAGCACGAUGUAGAGGGGAAGCUAGAUCCAGUGGAUUAUAGUUGGGGAAAAUUCGGGGCAUUCAAGGGAAAGGAGAAGGAUAAAACGCCCGACGAGGGUAUUCUCAAAGGUGGAUCCAAAAAGGAGUCAGGUGAGGCUAUCCAACAGCCAGGAGACAAAGAUGACUGGGAAUUCCGGGGGCCUAUAACGACGAAGAAGAAAAAGAAGAAGAAAAAGAAGAAGAAAACCAUUCUCGAGGGAGCCACAGUCGAAGAUGUACAGGAGGACAUAUACUGUGAGGCCGAGGACAACUCAGAAGAAAUAGAAGAAACUCGGGGCUUAGGGGCUGCCGAGAACAAGAAGAAGAUGAAGGAUGAUAACUUAGAAAGUCCUUCGAUAGAGAAACCUAGGUCACUAACUCCUAGCUCUGCCGUUGAUUACUGGAAAACUACCACUCUCAUUUCCGACUCCCAUCCCAAGAGAACGCCUAUGGACGAAGAUAUGGGCGUGUACGAAGAUCGUCAGGCGUCUAGUAGUCAGGUCCCAUCGCCGAAAACCACUCAGAUACAUAUUUCACAUGUCAAAGACCUCUCACAAACAUGUCUACAACAAACUUCGGCAGUAGUUCCAGCUCAGAUUUCCUCAAAUGUAAGAUCAAACACGCUGAGAUCAUCAAAGCCCUUGCCACCAACUUUACCCCCACCAAGUAGAUUCGUCGACGUCUUCGAGUUUAUGGACCGCCCAAAAGUGGAAGAAAUGCCUCUCGCACAAAGCAAUGCAAACUCAAAUUUCACUAUAGGAUUAUCUGAACACAUAACAGCGCCAUCGAACACAAGUAGAUUCAUCAACGUCUUCGAGUUCAUGGACCGCUCAAAAGUGGAAGAAAUGCCUCUCGCCCAGAACAAUGCAAGCUCAAAUUCUACUAUAGAAUUAUCUGAACAAAGUACAGCACCAUCGAACACAAGCUAUAGGAUCGCACGUACAGGUAGGACUUGGACCAGAUACCCUAACAGCGGUUCCAUUUCACGCAAGCGUGUGAUGAUGGUUGAAGCUUUCAGGCGUAUCACCCGGCAAGAUUACAUUGGACCAAACGACCUCGAGGAUAUGUAUGGCUCCGGUUCCUCGGUCACCGCGUUUGUCAUUCAAGGUGCUGAAUACCAUCAGAUUCCUUGUACUGGUUACUUCGCCUUGAGAAGAUCCAACUUAGAGAAUAUUCACACGUCUGGGUCAAUUUCUUGGAAGGACUUCGCAUUCCUGUCGUAUGAAGAGACGCUAUCUCUCACUAAGAUUACGGAGAACGAAAUUGGUUUCAACAAAUCCUUGAUCCGUUUGAAAUGGCUCCGAAAAUCGAGGAUGAAAUUUUGGUCACCUGAAAAGAGGGCCUUAGUAGCCAUAAUACACAACAACCCAAUUUCGUUGUUUGAUAGCGAUAAUCCUAACUCGCGCCAACAGGAACAAACACCUUUUAGCAUAACUCGAAAUGCUAAAUCGGCAAAUACAAAGGUAACUUCAGCGGUCGAGAGCAAGCCUCCGGAUCAGCCCUUCAAUGAAGCUACUACUCGGACAACGAAGGAGACCUUUGCUGAAAUGACAAACAAUUUCAUAAUUUAUGCUGCGUACACGGUUCGUGUUUUUGCGUCAGCGAGCACAUUUGGCGACCCAGCGUCGGUACCGCCUUCAACUACGAAAGAGGAGUUCUCAGAGGGGGAUAUAAUGCAACGGAUCUCGAUAUUAAAUGAGACCGGGAUGCACACCAUCGACAAGAAGCUCAAGCUACUUGAUGUUCAGCAAGAGGCCAUCAUCAGAGUCAUCCACGGGCUAAACAAAAGCCAAGUAGAGCCCGGAUUUGUUUGGAACUUGGCGCAACUUGAGGAAAGUGAUGGCCAAUCAAUCGGAUCUCGAGCUGUAACUGUUUACUUAAGAAAAAAGCACACGGGCAAAACUGUUGACGACGCCCGCGCGGAAGCGAUACCCGCCAAGAAGAAUAAGAAGACAAGAACUGUCACGACUGACAAUGUAAAGGCAGCUAUGAACGAAUCAGCACCUCAUGUGGUACCAACAAAGCAGAUAUCCGAGGAAGAAGAUCAGUGGGAAUCUCGGAGCGGCACUUGGGGCACAGCAUCUGAGAAGGAUAAAAUGAAGAGAGGCAAGAGUACUGUGGCUGAGGAAAAAGGUUCAAAAGAGCAGUCAUCACAAAAGAAGAGAUCUCUGUCACCGGAAAUACUUCCGCCACCGAAUGAAUCAUCAUCCUCGACCAACGGUCGGAUUCCUCGCCUUGAACGUUCACUUGCUAAUAUGGCAGAAAUGGCAAAAUGGGCACAAGCAGAACUUCAGCUCAAGAAAGACCAAGCAAGUCAAGCUCAAGAAGACAAUCUGCCUACAUUUGAUUCAAAGAAGGCAAGAGAAGAAGAAAUGACGACGCUGAAACAGCAGGGAAAUCAUGGACAAUCAAGGAAGCCAUCCCCUGUCCUAUUUCCAAAUAGAGUAAUGCCUGAGCCAGCUUCGUACUCUGAACAUCCGCAAUCCAAAGACGUUGGAAGUGGAGAUUUCCCAAACGCUCAGUAUCCGUCCAAUCCAUACCUUCCACAGUCUUAUGUACACGGAGGAUAUCCAACCACCCAACCCUAUUUUCAAGGAUACCCCUUAACAGGCCAGAGCCCAUUCAGACCCGUCCAGCCGUACCGGCUGCCGGAUCAUGGAGACGCGGGGAGGAUGAUGGCAGCUGACCCAGAUAGUCUUGCGUCUCACAUCCCGCCAGAUCCUCUUGCAACCCAGGCAUCGUAUAGUCUCGCACGCAGCUACGCGAACGACAUUUACAGCAGUGGUCAAAAGAGACCAGAUAGUUACCAUCACGGUGUACCACAGUCAGCUUCAGCACCAUACAGGCAGGUACCACCAAUCGUUCCACAGAAUCCGCAGCCACCGAAGGAAGCUCGCUUCUCGGAAAAUCCUGUUGUUCCUCCCAAAUUAACCAAAGAAAGCCUAACAGCAAAAUCAACCAGGCGCUCCGAUCGAAGGUCACCUUCGCCAUCCUAUAGGUUUAGUCAAGACAACCGCAGUCAAGCUCAGGAGAAUGGAACAGCACCAAGAACGCACGGAAUUACCUCUGCCAAUAAGACCAGGUCAAGCGCUGUAGACCAAGAUUUCGUCACUAGUCGCCCACUCUCAAAUCGCUUUGCGCCACCAAUCUCGCAAUCCGCGUACUCAUCACGAAUAAGCCAGCGUCCGCUGCUUGUUGGACGAUCGGAUCCGUAUGUUGGACCUACCGCCUUCGGUCGACGGACAGCAGCCCGGCAGUAUCCGGAAAACUAUGAUGGUAGGCCAUUCAAUGUGUAUGCGUCGCCAAUGGAAAUCGAGGAAGAAACGAAAAUUAUGCGAGAAUUGUUCCUUGACUGGACCCCAGAAGGCGAUGAGAAGAAGGCUGAAUCUGAAAACAGGACGGGUAUCGAUUCAAACGCUUCGAGACCCAAUAUAUUUUCAAGCCAGGGUGAGGGCGACGACAGAAGCAGUGAUUCUGACGCAUCAUCAUAG